GUAGCCCUGUGCAAAUGUAACCGUCCCAACGCACCAGUACUGACCCAACCCCACCAUCUCUCUCUCAGCUCCUGAGAAAAGCCUGAAACUCUCUCCUCUGUAAAAUUCAACUGCAAAAAUUAGGGUUUCCAAAACCACCAAGAGCUCCACUGAUAAACGCCGCGACGCUUUCCUUACCGUGAGCCUCGCCGCACCAGAUUCCCCAGCGUUUGAAUUUUCAGCAAAAAGCUUUGAUGUCUUAUCAAUGGAGAUUACUUCCUUUACUAUCUUCUCCUCCCAGACCUUCUCUGUAGCCCUCGCUUUCACUUUCCUCUCUCUCCUCCUCGCCGUCCUCGCCGUCCGAUCACGCUCCUCCAAACCCCGGCGCUCACAAUCGGACGGCGGCUCCUCGUCAACGGAAAACGAUAAGCUCUGCAAUUGCUUGUGUUACUGUAACGGCGCCGUCACGGGAUCGGAACCGGUGGACGUGCCGCACUUGAACGGCGAGACGGAGAAGAAAACGGCUGUCACGGAGGCGGAGACGACGGGCGCGUCGAUGAUGGAGCAGUUGGUUCCGGAGAUUACCACCCACGCGCUCAGCUACCUGGACUAUCCGAGCCUCUGUAGGCUUUCGAUGACGAACUCGCUGAUGCGAAAGGCGGCGAAUGACGAUAAUGCUUGGAAAGCUCUGUAUCAUAAGGACUUUACGUCGGAACAGGAUAGUGUAACUCCAGUCAAUGGUUGGAAAGCUUACUAUGCUGCUACAAGAGCAAUUGUGAAUGUCAAUGUUCGUUUCUUCAACUUCAUCAGAGAUAGGUCACUUCCUGAAAUGAGUCAUUUAUGGCUGAAUGCAGAUUAUGUGAAGUGUGUUCAUCCCUCAGGAGAAUUCUUUUCAGGGUAUAAUGCUGUAGUACAGAGUUGGCAACUCGCUUUUAAUUGGGAGCAAGGAGUAAACUUUCAAGUUCGGGAUGUGCGUGCUCGCGUUCUGACUGACAUGGCUUGGGUCACCAUGAAAACCUAUGUGGGUGAUCACCUUGAUACCGGUCCAUUCAGUGUGACUAACAUCUUUGAGUUUCAUAAUGGGCGGUGGUACAUGGUGCAUCAUCACAGCUCUGUGUUGGAUGAGGUAGAACACCAGAAUGCGUAAUUAAAAGGAAAGAAGGAAAACUCUAAUUAUAUACUUAAUACUAGUUACAUAACUAGUGGUUUUCACUGCACAAGCAAGUGCUUAAACAUUCACUAUCAUUGCCUGGCAAGAUCCUUUUAUUAUUCCAACCUCAGUUUUGGUAUUUUCUGGUUAAGAGGUUU